CGCAGCAGAGCCCUGCGCCCAGCCUGUGCUGCAGAACUGCACGCUGGUGAUGGAAGAGAGCUGCUGUGCUGCUGGCUUAUGCAGGGCAGAAGGCGUUGGUGCUGAUACAAGAAGGAUGUGCUGGGGGGGGAUGCCUAGCAGUGAGUGCAGGGCAAGUGUGCUGGGGAGCAGCAGCAGUGCUGGGCAGAGGUCCCUUCCAACAUAACCCAUUCCAUGAUUCUAUCAUCUGUGAGUUUGGGAGGGAGGAAAACAGGCUGGUGGCAAUGCUGAGAUACUGAAGGGAGAAUCCCAGUGGAGUGGGUGCCAUGGGAGUGUGGUGAUCUGUGCCCUGUGUUGUGAUACAGCUUGGCAGUGUGGCAAUUCGGGCCCUGCUGAAGCCAUGGGACUUUUUUGUGCCAUUCCUACCAGGCUUGCUCAAAGAACAUUUUCUGUGCUGUGUCAGCCCAGUGACAGGUCAUUUCUGUGCUAGGUGUCAUCACCAUCACCCCUUGAGGUUGCUGUGGUCAGAUUGGCUUACUGGAAUUUCAGCAGGUUGGAGAAGAUGCUCAUCAGCACGCCAUGGUCUGACCGCACCAUUCAGGUUCACUGAGCUUGUAGCUCUGCACGGUGCAGAGGCAGAUGUUCACCACGAAGAUGAGCGGGGAUGGCUGUGCUGUGGUGCAACCAACCCCUGGCCAGGGCUCCCCAUGGCUCUCCUCAUUGGAGCUCCUUUUAGACACAGAGGUUUCAACCCGUGGUUUGUUGUCCUGAGGUGCAGCUUCCCUUUGCCAACAGAGGUGUUUGAAAGAAUGAGAAGUAGAGGUCAUUCCCAAGCGGACACUGAUGGCAGACAUAGAACUGUCCGAGCGACAGCAGCCAUGGGCACCGUGGCCAGGCAAUCCAGUUGAUUUAAUGCCCAGAAGGGAUCCCACAUUUAAAAAGGGACAUUACACUCAGUCAUGGUUGUGCAGUGUAGAGAAGCAAAUAUUCCCAUUUUGUACCUCCUGCCAAGUGACAUGCCUGAUUUAUUGGUGGAAAGACGUCUGACUUGGCUAAUUUGUUUGCUUACCCUUACUAAAUGAUGCCUGGGGAAGCCGUACCUUCAAUGCACCUUCCGAGUCCAUCUCAGUGUCCAGAUUAAACACCAGAAAUACCAGAUUGCAAAUGAGCUAAGAACCCUCCUUGGCGCACAAUGUUAUGAAGAAACAUUCUGGGAAUUCCUCAGGUACCAUCAUUUUCACUUGUAAGUAAAUAUGUGGUUUAUUUUCUGGGCUUCCAGGAAAACAGGGGCAUCUCUGCCCCCACGGCUCCCCAAAAACACACUUUGCAUUGCCAUCACAUGCUCCUUGGUGCGGGCUGCAGGCACUGGGCAGGGUAGUUGCAUUGUUGCACAUCCUGCUCCUCCCUUUGCAUAAAAGGUGUUCAAAAUGCGACGUGAGCUUUACUCCUGGGGCUGCAUCUUGGAGUUAAUGCAGGUUUAUGGUCACAAACAGCGACUCCUGGUGUGGGAGGGUAACUCACUGUACUGGCUGAUGUGUGCCUGCUGGUAUUGUGGAGGGACUCGGUGUGCCCGUGCACCCAACUGGCCUAAGAAAGGCCUUAAAAAGACUUUAUGGAGGCGAUGCUGAUCCUGCAGUGGUGACAGAGCGCUCUGGUUGCUACAGCACAGCGUGCGACCGCAGCGCGGUGUUCUGGCGGCCAGGAGCUGCACAACGCAUCAAAAACAGGAUGUGGGCGAUCACAGCUCUGCAGCGGGCUGGGGGCCGGGGGCUGGGGGGGGAGGAGCACGGGCAAACUGGAGAGCGGAGGGAAUGAGCGCUGUUCGCAGCGGCACUGCUCCGUGCGAGCGGCAGCACACAGCGCUCAGGGCAGCCCCAGGUGUGCGAGGAGAAUCACAGAACCACAGACCAUCUCGAGUUGGAAGGGACCCACAAGGAGUCCAUCGAGUCCAACCCCUGGCCCCUCAUAGGACCACUGAAAACCGAAACCCCGUGGCUGAGAGCGGUGUCCCAGCUCUCCCUGAGCCCCGCAGCGCUGUGCUGUGCCCGCUGCCUUGAGUAGCUGCGCCGUGCCCACCGCCCUCUGGGGGAGAGCCAUAGAACCACAGCCCGGUUGGCUCGGAAGGGACCCCCAGCCCCCCAGCCCGUCCCCUGCUGCAGGCUGGUUGUCACCAGCAGCUCGGGGCCCAGAUGGGAUGCCUGCCUUGUGUGGGGUUUGUGCUUGGCUCUCUCGGGCUGUACUUUCUGUAGCUGAAGGGUUUUUUUUUUGUUUUUUUUUUUGUUUUGUUUUGUUUUUGUUUUAUUUUUGCUUUUUUUUCCCAAAGCCAUGAGAUGUGUUCUGGCUUCUGCACAGAUUAUGGUGGAAAACUAUUCUGGCUUUGAAGCUGUGUUACCUUGCAACUGCUCUCCCCCUGCAGACUGGAGACCUGGCCCUGGAAGCCAUGGGCAUACAUGAGGUUUCUGCACUUCCCUGUCUCAGCCUUGGGUUUCUGCCUGCCCCUGGUUCUGUUCUGCUCGAAGGCAGUUCUUGUUUCAGUGGCUGAUCUCUGCCCGUGUUCCAGGGUUGGCUGUGCUUCUUCUCCCUUCUGUGUGUGCUUUUGCCCAGGUGAGUUCUGCUUUCGCCCAGUAUUUCUGUUCUGUGCAGCUGCUUUAGAGGCUUCUGUGCAAAGCAGCUGGAGGCAGCCAGCUCUCAUGGCACCAAGGGGGUUAUGGAGUGCAGUUACCUGGGGUGCAAGUGGUGAGCACACCUUGCACAUCCACAAAGCUGGGAAUUGCCUUUGGUCAGUACCAUUCCAUUCCAGCCACAAUUCAGGUGAGACAGACCUGGAACUUCAUGCCUACCGCACAGCCCCAUUACAUCCACAGUUGUGCAGCUCUGUGCCUUUCAGACUGGGCAGCAUUAAGUUGCAGCAGCAGUCAAGGAGGCCCGAUGGCCUCGGCUCACUGCUCCUGGAACAAGGGCAGGAGCAGCACUGCCUUGCCCUGGCCCAAGGCUGCAGCACCCACUACAGCCGAGCUGUGUGACUGUGGGAGCACAAGGAGCCCUGUGAACACCUCAUGGAAUGGCUGCUCAGUAUUGCUGAGAUGGAGUUGCUGUGGCUAUAAUGAGGCUCUCCUAUGUUUGCCUUCCUGCUGUCUGCACUCACAGUGCUACCUGCGAAAUGUGAGGGGAGGGACUUCUGGAAUGGAAACGUCCUGCUUUAAAGGUCACUCGGGAAGUGCUUCAGAAGAGAUUCGUGCAAAUAGUGCUAUGACCACGAGGUGCUAAUUGGGAAUGGUGCCUCUGGGUGAGGACGGAGUGUGCCACCAAUAGAUGGCACCAGGCUGUGUUUCAGGGCUUCUACAGCGCCGUGGCCACCAGAGGGAAGCUCUGGGGACGGGACCUGGCCAACGAGGAGCGGCAUUCAGGGUCCUUUGGAUUAGUUUGGGGCUAUCGCCAGUAGCUCAGAAGAACAGAAAUAGUCUCUCCGCUCCGCAGCCUGUGAUGCACACCUCUUGAUGGCACCUGCAGCAGUUUCCCACCAUCUGCACCCUUUUUUCUUGGACUCAUUUUUUCAAACAAAAGAUCAAUGUUAGGAAUCAAUUGCACCAACCCCACUUACAGCGCCAGUGGAAGUUGUUGAGUUAAAGAUGCAAACUCACGGCUGAACUAAAACAGUCACAGGGCUUUGGCUCUGCUUUUAAUCAAGGUCUGACCUCAACAAGAGGAUUUCCAAAUCCCAGAGCCCAAAGAUGUCAGAAAUGUUGCAUUGUAUGAAUACAAAAAAGUCGUUCAGAGCAGGAGAUUACAUCCUUAUGUAAACCUGGCUCUGGUCGGCAGGGCAGGGUUCAGCUGUGGUCAGGAAAGGGCCGGCUGCUCGCGCAGCCCUCACACGCCGUCUGGCUGGAAGGUCCGGCCGGCAGCUCCUACGUGCACAUUUAUCUCAUGCCUUCCCCUUCCGUAUUCCUUCGGGGAGCAUUUCUGCAGCCCACAGGUGCCUUUUCACGGGGCGGCCGCUGGGCAUCCCCCGGGGUGUGAUGCGAUGCGAUGUGAUGUCAGUGCCGUCGCUCCGUGCCGAUGGUACCAAUGUGGCUCCGGCGCACCGGGGCUGCGCGGGGCAGAGCUGGGGCCGCGCUAAGCCGGUUAUGGGGCUGCGACGGGGCGGUCACCCUCUGCGGAUUAGGGGGCGAGAACAGUCGGUGCUCCCGCUGCAGGGGAAGGCACAAAGGGCCAUUGUGCGGGAAGACAAAAUCUCUGUGUGUGACCGCGGCUGACACGUUAGAGCCCCGCUCCGCGCGCCAGCACAAAAGCCGCCUUGCUUCAUAUUGUUUGUUUAUGUAAAUGGCAGCGGGCAUUUAACCGUGCGGCCGGGCAGCCCGCGUGGUGGGUGAGACGCUGAUUGGGCCCCGCGGUGCCACGGCCAAACCCCGCGCUGUCACCGCCGGGGCUGAGCAGGGCCGGCUGCCCGCACACGCGGCCCAGCGCCGGGCGCUCAGCAUGAGCGAGAACGUGCCCUCGGUGCCCGGCCUGCCCGCGUGCAACGGGACUGCGGCCCCCCAGGAGGGCCUGCCGCUGGCUGACGGCAUCACCAAUGGCAUCACCGGAGCCGUGGCGACCGUGCCCUGCGUGGAGGCAGGUGUGCAGCCCGGCACUCUGCUGGCAAAAGGAAAUGUGGAGGAAAGCGGGAACUCGUUGGCGGAGGAUGUAGCACACGGGGACUGUGAUGGAGAGGAGCGAUGCGGAGAAAAGCAAGAGGAGAACAUUGCCACGCUGCAGGAGGGAGCAGCUGAGCCCCAGGAUACAGCUGAGCCCCAGGACAUGGGAGCCUGCAGGCAGGAGCUGGAGGAAGGGCAGCGGGUGCCGGGCACAGCAGGCAGUCCUGGUGGGGAGGAUGCAGUGACCCCCACGGACAGCACCGAGCAGAGAGGGAAUGACGCCACGGAGGAAGAAGAGGAGGAGGAAGAGGAGGAGGAGGAGGACACCGAGGAGGACGAGGUGCAGGUGAUAGAGGUGCCGAAGGGGAGCGGCGCGGUCCCCCAGCAGCAGGAGGGCAGCAUGGAGAUGUCCCCCCCUGGCAGCCCUGCCUGCAACACGCCGGCAGAGAGGGCUGGGGAGCAGCUGGGGCUGGGGAAGAAGAACGACAUCUCCAGGCACAGCUACUCCCGGUACAACACCAUCUCCUACAGGAAGAUCAGGAAAGGAAACACCAAACAAAGAAUCGAUGAAUUUGAAUCCAUGAUGCACUUAUAAACCGAGGUGGGGAAUCUCUUAAUGUGCCCGAGAGCUCGCGCUGGUUCUGGUUUUGUUUGUCUCCCAAGACACGGCCUUCACACAGCAUGGAUUCACCCCUGCUUCCUUUUUGUAUGUGAUUUCCCAAAUACCUUCCCUUCGACAGCAGGUGGGGCAUCCAUAGGAUGGGGAACGAUCGGUUUGCUGAAGGUGUAACAUCAAUUCACUUCAAGUUCACCUGUUUCUUUUCUCUCUAUUGUUCAUACCCACACUCACACAGCAGCGUGCCCUGAGCAACUGCAGUCCUCGUGCUGCUGGGGUGGUUGGGGCCACGCAGCCCAGCCUUACUGAGCACAGCCCAACCCAGCCCCAUGCAGCUCUGGAUCAGUCCAGUACUCCCAGCACCACAGCUGUGUUCUCCACAUGCUGCCAUUUUGCACUGUGGCUGCAUUUCUUAACAUUUCUUCUCAAUUUUCAAACUAAGUUUAGAUGCAAAAUUUUAAUUUUUUUUUUUUUUUUCUUUUAGACAAAGCAGAUUUCAAGGGUAAUUUUUUUUUUGCCACCUGAACACAGCCUUUUCCCUUUCUCCAUUUUAAAGCUCUCUUGUAUAACCACAGUGCUGUGGAUGUGGUCUCUUUCAAACUAUUUUAUGGAAAGCUUUGUCUUGAGUUGGGACCGAGCUUUGCAGACAUCAACCCAGAAAGGACUGGGGAUGCUCUGGGAAAGGAGAGGUGGUCUGAGCAGGGUUGGACUGUGACUCCCACCCCAGCACUCCCCUUCAGCCACCACUGCUUUUUUAAUUCUCAGUUUUACGUUAUUUCCAGCAGCACUGAGUAUUGCUUUGACUUUUUUUGUUCCACAGAAAGGCAAUUAUUUAUUGGCAACGUCAAAAUAAUA